AUGCCUGUGGAUAAGGGAAGCCGUGUCUCACAACUCGGCAUCCUCCUCGAGCACAAGAACCGCUCCAUCCGACAAGAAGCCGUCGCCGCUUUUUCUAAUUUUGUACCCAGCGACCAAAACACGAGAAAUGUUUUACUCGAACAUCUAGUCAGCACCUCCUGGGAGGCACGAGUCUCAAGCUCCGACGCCCUCGGCGCCGUCCUAAAAGCCCUGCCCCCGGUCGACAGAUUGUCGCCAAAAACACGGGUCUUGCCUGAACUCCAAAACCUCUCCCUCCAUGAUCUCAUGCUCAACCACCGGCCGUUGUUGAGCGCCUCGACAAACGUGAUCGACGAUGGCAGUCGUUUACGUCUAAAUGUUCGCCAGCAGAGGGCCCUCAUCGAUCAGCACCUCGAUUUUCUACCCCAACAAACUGGCCAGACGUCCAACUCGUUUAUCAGCGACUCGGAUGUGCUUGCCGAAGGGAGAACUGGCUCCCCAAGGCGGUAUGAACAAGGCCAGAACUUGGCAGCCGCGGGCGAUUUGGUCCGAGAAUCAGUUGACGCAGAGCAAGAAGACCCAGAUAGUUUGGCCAUCAAUGAGUUACUGCGAAUUCAGCUCUCCAGACUUGCCGACGAGCAAUGGCAGACACGGCACGGUGCCUCCCUCGCUAUGGCUACUUUACUGAGUUCCGCCUGGAACCGGAUACAUCCGAUAAUGCGCGACACGGCCGCAUUGCGAAUUCUUCAGGUGCUGGCCCUGGACCGCUUCAUCGAUUUCGUUUCGGGCCGUGCGGCGGCGGCUCCGGUCAGGGAAAGUGCGGCACAAGCCUUGGCGCAUUACCUAUUCCGGGCUAACGAAGAGCGGCGCACCGUGAUUCUGCACCACUUGAAGGGUCUACUAGGCAUGGAUGGAGAGCAGGUCUGGGUCUGUCGUCAAAGUGCACUGCUGGUGAUGAAGUAUCACUUUGUGAUCACGCCAUUCGAUGACACGUUCUCGCUUUUCUUUGGCUACGUUGUCGAGAAGCUGUCGGAUCCGGUAGAUGAUGUUGUCUCAACGGCGGUCACUGCCCUCUCGUCACUUUUCGAGAACUCUUCCGUCCAGGAGCGACAAAACACCUUUAUCGUCAAAGUUGGCUCGGCAGUCUGGGAGCUACUGUCAGCUGAAUCGAAAAAAGAGCAGUUGCACUUUGGAAUGGAUAUGCUUGCCGUGGAUUUACUCAGGAUCAUCGAACGCUGGAUGGCAGCUGAUGAAGCGACGACGCUUUCUGCCCAGCAACUCUUCACAAUCACCUCACUUCUCGACGCGGCCUUCAUUUCGCGCUCCCAUAAAUGUGUCCGUUUAAUCGGCCUGGCCACAAAGCGAGGGGUCGCAGCUCUGACGUCAAAAGAGCUCUUCAACAUCCUCAAGCAAUUCUACCGGAUCCUUUUAUUCGCGGCUCCAGAGAACUCGCUCGGCAUGCUAGAAGAGAUUUAUUUGACGGCUUUGUGUAUAAUUGAGAGGUAUCGCGACGUGCUAGCUGACGAGGAUUCUCUCUUGCAGUCAAUAGGUUUUUGGAUUAGUUGUUUGAUGCUGGAUCAUCGAAGCCCAAUGAUAGAUGUUUUCACCUGCCAUGUGGACGGUGCGAGUAGUUUACGAGAUAGGCCUGAAGAGCGUAUGUGUAGUGAAGAGAUCUCAUUCUUGGAUGCGCCUGCCAUGGGCAACGUGUACAUUACGCGGAAAAUUUUGGCCGCAAAAUUCCUGGCUCCGUUGCUGAUCAUACUUUAUGGCAGCAAACGAAUCGUCGAUGGGCAAGAUUUGAGUUAUUCCAUCCAAAUGGCUUUGCUCCCCUUCAUCCAGUCGAAUGCCCUCUAUCAAAACCUCGGUGCCGCGCUGCUUUCUAGCGAGUUUGCCGGCUCGUAUAAAGUUGCUAUCGCGAGCGGUCAAACCCUCGUGCACCCGGUCCCACUGCUCACCGCCCUCGAUGCAUUACUGCGAGUCGGGCAGAAGAAUUUUGACGAAUUGGCAGGAACAGUGGCCCAGUUGACGAAAGACUGCAACAACUUUAUCAUCUUCUGCUGUGGCCGAGGGGCCGAUCGGAAUGCCGUGAAUUCUGAUGAUGCCAGUAUUGAGGAGACAGCAGGGUUAGCUUAUGAACAGGCGAUGGGCCAGUGCACGAACGAGAAAUCUCGCACAGCCAUCGAGCAGCGCUACCGUGCGCUGCAAGAGGGCAUAGAAUAUACCAGAGCCGCCAUUCGCACGAAUACCACACGCAUCUACGCAUUUGCCGCGUCGACCCUCUUCAGUUUUGGGUGUAUCGGUGAAAAAUUCACCCCAUUGAUUCGGCCUUUAAUUGACACGAUGCAGACCGAAGAAAAUGAGACCGUUACCGCAGAAGUGUUCAAAGCCGCCGUGCCAUUGUUGAUUGUUUAUAGUGCACAGCGCGCUCCAAAACCCUAUGUGAAAGUAAUAGCCAAGACGGUAGAGCUCUUUGCCUCAUGUACAAAUCGAGUCCCAGUUGAAACGGGUAGCUAUGACGGGUCCGACUUUUCUUCACAAAUCAUAUCACUGACGCCAGGACGGGAGCCGAGUUGCACCUCGAAAAACGCCGAGCUUUUUCUGCAUCUUGAUCAACUUCCCGAAUUUUAUGAAUACUUUGAUCUCGACGCUGACAUUAACGAUUCGGAAUUCAUUCUACGGCUAGAGCUGCACAGGGCGCUGUGGAUGCGGGUUGGAUCAAGAUUUUCUGAUAAGUCAACGACACGGGUGCUCUCCUUCUUGUCAUCUCCCCAAUCCCACAAAAGACAUGCCGCCGCCAAGGCAAUUACUACGUUUUUAUGCUCAUCACUUGUCGACACCCUCGAACGGGUUUACUCUGCGUUGAAGUUGAUGGUUGUGAAUCUCGAGGAUGCCAACGCUAGGCGUGGCGCUUUGGAGACAUUGUUAUGUAUUUCGCGUUCGGGUAACCAAUUUGCCAGUAUCGCCUCGCUGCUGGCACCGCUGGCUUUUCCUCGACUUGCCGAUCUCCUACCGGAGGUUCGCGAUGCGGCCGCCGAGGCUUUCCGAAAUUUUGUGCCUAUGUUAACGUUGGCCAAGGAACCGCUCUCAAAUCUGGGCCCAGAGCUCCUCACCAUCGCCCAGGACAACGCCUCCUUCAUCCAUGCAUGGAACUACGCCAUCCUCGACGAAGGGCACGUGCUGCGGAACACGAAGACGGCCAUCUGGCGCGCGGCAAACGAGCUGACCGCCGAGAGCCGGUUGAUCCUCUCCGGCACGCCCGUCCAGAACAGCGCUGCCGAUUUGUGGGCCCUGUUCGCGUGGUUGAUGCCUGGAUAUCUGGGGGAUGAGAAGCAGUUCCGCACCAACUUCUUGCGCGCCAUCCUGAAAUGCCGCUCGCCGAAAGCCGGCGAAAAGGAGAUGCAAGCAGGUACCGACGCCCUCGCACGCCUGCACCGGCUCGCCCUGCCCUUUGUGUUGCGGCGGAUGAAGCAGGAUGUGCUGCCGGAGUUGCCCGAGAAGAUUGUGCAAGAUUACGAAUGUGAAUUGACUGAAGCGCAGCGUACCCUGUACAAAUUGAUCGCCGACCGGUGCACGAUGGACAGCGAACGGCUCAAUCGAAAACAAGGGCUCACACCGCUGCACACGCUGCUCUCCCUUCGCAAAGUCCUCGAUCAUCCAAGCUUGAUCGCCGACAUCAUUCCCCGACUCGAAGCGGAUACGGCAACGGCUCGUCUCGCCGAGGAAGAAGGCAGCGGCAAGAUGGCGGCGUUGGGCGAGCUGCUGACGCAGUGUGGAAUCGGCGUGUCGACACCGAGCACCGAGGGCGAUGAUGAGGUCGAAGAUCUACGCGUCCCCCAAUUGCCCCACCGCGCCCUUAUUUUCUGUCAAUGGGUAUCGUCGGUGAAGCUCGUGGCUGAUGCGCUGUCGCGGGGAACGAUCACUGAGCAGCCGGUGGCGCACAUGAUCUUAGACGGCACUGUGCCUGCGAAUGAACGACAGUCCGUUGUCGAGCGCUUCAACUCGGACCACUCGAUCGAUGUGUUGGUCCUCACCACACAUAUCGGCGGGAUUGGUCUGAAUUUGACUGGCGCUGAUGUCGUCAUCUUUCUCGAUCAUGAUUGGAACCCAAUGAAAGACUUGCAAGCAAUCGAUAGGGCGCAUCGGUUGGGUCAGAAACGGCAAGUGAUGGUGUACCGCCUGAUUACCAAGGGCACAAUUGAGCAAAAGGUCCUCUCCUAUCAACACUUCAAGCGGCACACCGCACAGAGUAUCAUUGGCUCUGAUAAUCAAACACUGCAGUCGAUGGCAACGGAUGAACUGAUGACCCUGUUUGCGCUAGGGGACGGAGACUCAGCCGCGAAGAAGUUUGAAAAGCCACCCGACCGAAAGAAGGCGCGAAUAGAAAAGAUGACCGGAAUGGUGGACGACACCAAAUGGACGCUGUCAGAAAUGUGGGACGAAAGCCAGUACCUCGAAACCAGUGAUGUACAAGCAUUCGCCCGCGCCACUCGAUCAGAAGGGACC